UGUGUGUUUUAGCAUGUACAGUUGUUUGGCCGGAGAGUUUAUUCCCAAUCCCGCUUUGCCUUUAUGGUAAUUUUAACCAAAGCUCCCCCGCACCGCGUGAAUUAUAUUUUCUGACAUCCAGAGGUCAUUGCCAAGGUAAUGUGCACUAUCAAACUAACCCGUUCUUUACAGCUUAUGUUUACAUUACGCUUAUUACGAAAUACUUGUAUGCAACCGGGCACGUUUGUAUCGGAAACAGUCCUUGGUUGUCGAAGAUCAAUAUUUAGGACGAAAUUCGCGAUUGUUAGCAAAUAUAUGUUAGUCUUGGUUAUUUGGGUGGAACGUCGGCCCUACUUGACUCAAAAUUAAAUAUAGGAUUGGGAUUUCAAUUUCAGCAAUCAGCAGAGUAUUAGAAAUUCGGCACGAGGAGGAAGUGUUUUCUCCCAGCCCACGUGAAUGCGAAAUUGUCAGUGUCAAAGCGACUUUGCCGCCCUUUAUUCUUGGCAACUGUGUGGCAACUCAUGAGUUAAUCCAUUCCAGAAUCAUGGAUCUUUUAUCGGUAAAAAUCAACGAUUUAUGCAUAACAGACGAAGCCUCUUCUCUUAAAGAAUCUCUUGUGUGCUCACCGAUGCCAAUAGCCCAGAGAAAAGUGCCGGGAUUCGAAAAUGUGUUCAGUCCACAUGGAAGUGGAUUAUAUGAUGUUGUACUCCUAUGUGGACCGGGCAAGCAUAGAAUUUUCGCUCAUCACGCUGUACUGGCCAGCAAAGUACCGAAACUGACUGAGAUGAUUGAAUCGAACAAUAAUGAAUCGUCUAUAUCAUUGCCCUCAGUCGAACCGAGCAUUGCAGAAGCAUUAAUCAACUUUGUUUACAGUUCAAAACUCGACUUAACACCAGAUAAAGUUUGGGAUGUCUCCUCCGCCGCAGAGCAGUUGGGAAUCAACGAAAUACUCGAUUUAUGUCAGGAAUUCAUACAAAACAGUAUUUUGCCCGAUUCUUGGCUGUAUGGAAGGCAGAUUGCCUUAGAACGGAACUCAAAGCGGUUGCUAACCACCGUGGAUAAUUACAUAUUCGAAAAUUUUCCUGCAUUAUUACAAAGCACCGAUUUUCAACAACUGCCUCGGCUGCAAGUCGAAAUUAUCAACAAACGAGAAGAUGUUCGGUAUGAAGGCGAAGGGUCAAGUGAAAUUCUAGGCCUUGUAGUUGAUUGGUGCAAAGUUAAGCUGAAGGAGGAAGAUUUACUUGAAGGUCUGAUGGAACACAACCACCUUGUCUAUCUCACAAAAGAUAACAUCCUGAAAGAUUGCAAAAACUCAGAUUUUGAUGAUGACCCAGACCUCAUAACAGAUGCUCAGAAGGAGUACAUCAGGCAGCAAUCAAAUGAAAAACAAACAAGUCCUGCCAGAUCACCAAGAAGGGCAAGAAGUUUGUCAUACUCUUGGAUUCAAGAUCAGUCUAGAAGAAAAGCAUUGCAUUUUUCAAAGACAAGUAAUUCCGGUUCAGAAAACCAUUUUCAGUUGCUUGCUAGUGCUGCUGUAUCAGAUGGCUGCUAUGUUGGCAUUGCUGUGAUUACUUCAGAGGUGGUCUGUAUCUCAGCAUAUUACAAUGAACAAACUAUUACAAGUUGCAGCUCAUCUGUUUCUAGUGAUUUUUCUAGUACUGAUGAUAUGGGACUGUCCUUGAUUAAACCAAUGAUUAGAGGUCGUUGUAGUGUUGGUGUUGAAGAAGUACACAACAAAGUCUAUGCGGUAGGAGGUUAUGACAGAGGACAUUGUCUAAGCCUGGUAGAAUGUUAUGACCAAGAAAAGAAUGAGUGGGUUCCAACAACAUCCCUGACAUGUGCUCGAGGAAGACUAGGUCUUGGUUGCCUAGGUGGGAAACUUUAUGCAAUUGGUGGCUCUAGUGGAAAUUCAGAGCUCAAGUCUGGUGAAUGUUUUGAUCCAGAAACAAGAGAUUGGUCAAAGAUAUCAGAUAUGGCAAUCUGUCGCAGCAAUUUUGAUGUUUGUGUUCUGGAUGGGAAGCUUUAUGCAGUUGGUGGAACUGAUGGCCGCCAUGCCUUGGAGUCUGUUGAAGUUUAUGAUCCAGAAAAAAACACCUGGUCAAAUAUUUCCUCCAUGCAAGUUGGCCGAGAGGGUGUAUGUGUUGAGGCAAUGAAUGGUGUCCUUUAUGCCUGCAGUGGUUAUAGUGUUUGGCACUGUGUAGAUUCUGUUGAGUGUUACAACCCACGUGAAGGCUAUUGGUCUAUGGUAGCAUCUCUAAACACAGCCCGUCGUGGUGCAGGGGCAGCAGUGUUGAACAACAAACUAUUUGUGAUUGGUGGCACAGAUGGCAACAAUAUCCUGAAGUCGGUUGAGUGUUAUGAUCCAGUUACAGAUACCUGGACCUAUGUUGCCAGUAUGAACUCGUGUCGUCACAAUGUGGGGGUAACCGUAAUAAAUGGACAUAUUUUUGCUGUGGGUGGCUUUGAUGGUGUUGCAUUUUUGAACACGUCUGAGUUCUAUGACCCGGAAUUAGACAAGUGGUGUGCUUUCACUCAAGUGUGACUGCAAGACCUAAAAUUCGUGGUGGGUUGUUGUGUUAUUGAUGUGUAGGAUGCUGUUCAUCCAGGCAUUUAAUUUGCUUGAUAUUCAUUAAACACAACUUAGUGUUGCAAGUCACACAUGAAGUUGUUGGACAUGAGGUGCCUUAGUACACACUUUUUGUCACAGUAUAAAGCUGCAUUUAGACAAGAUUAUGUGAACAAUGUUUACCCAGAGUAAUUUAUUUUUUAAAGUGUGUGUGGGGGUGUAAUUGAUUUACACAUGAACGUGUGGUUGUAUGCGUACACUCUGUAGCUUGCAGUGGUGUGUAUUCAAUUAUGUAUGUAUACCUUGAGUGUUAGUAGUGAAAAAGGCAAGUGUUCUAUUGAGUGUUCUGUUGCGUGUUCUGUUGCCAGGCAAUAGAUUGUUGUUUUAUUACAGCCAUAGAAGGUAAAGUUAGUUUUGUUCAACCUCUUAUUUGCCCAACCAAACUAUAUAUGUAAGGUAUAAAGCAAAGUUUAAUAGCAUGAUUCAUGAUACAUUAUAAUACUGUAUAGUACAGUGCCUGUUUAAAGCAUCAUGGCAUCAAAGCACUGUAGCUUUUGAUGAUUACAGAUUUUGCUUAUCAAAGGCAGGAGGGUGUAAAAAAAUUUUGCUUAAUCUUGAAUUCAACAAUAAAAUAAACAUCCAACGUGCUCAAGUUUGUAAAAAGUAAACAAACAAUAAUUUUUAUUUGAACAUAUUCAAUGUGAAUAUUUAUCAUAUGCCUCUAUUAAGUAAAAUAACUAGGUAUCUUUCACAUAUUUGUGCAUAUUGUGUAGCAAAUAAUACUAAAACAUUUUCUGAAACAUGGUCCAGUUUAGGAAAUCUGUAAAUCUUAAUCCAACAAAAAACUGUGGACUUGACUGUCUUUAAAUUUAGCCUUAAUUUUUUUAGUGUUUUUUUUCAGAGUGUACUGUAAUUUUAUUUUGAGGUAUUUUUAUUGACAUAUUCAUGUAUUUAUGAAAGAAAUCAUUGUGGUAAUCUAAUGUAUGCUUCCUUCACAUACAUAUAUGCAUUGUCCAAUUACUAAUUG